GCAGCAGCAGCAGCAGCAGAAUGAGCGCCUCGGGCGCUGCUGCCAACAGCAGCAACAGCAGCAGCAGCUCUGCCACGCACAUUUUUCGUUCGCUGUCAUCGGAGAGUCAACAGAAGCGCGAAUGGGGCAAGCGUCUAUCGCUGCGUGGCAUGCGGCAUGCAGCGGGCUCAGCUGCCGCCACAGGAGCCAGCAAGGAGGAGCCGCCAGGAGUGGGCGGCGGCGGCGGCAAGCAGCGCAAGUUCUUCAGUCGCUCAGCUUCGCUUAAGCAGGCGAGCAGCGGUGCGGGCGCCGGCAGCAGACAAAUCUCAAUGGAAUUGCAUGUACCUGGACAUUCGUCGGGUGCCAAUUCACCGUGUGCUGGGCAGCCAAUGACGCAGCCCUCCACGCCCAAGAAAUCCAAUUGGGAGGUGAUUGAACACUUUAAUACCAGCGCCAAGGGAGGCAAGGCAAUGGUUAGCAGCAGUCUGAUUGCGGCUGGCAUUACACGCUGCAAUAUAGACGAAUCCAUAGACUCGACCAACUCCAGCUCCACAUGCCACAGUCCAAUGAUUUAUCAGCGCGACGAGGCGCAGUUGCUGCAAUCUGCAGCUGAAUCAGCAGAUGGACGCGCUGUGGACAGCAGCAAUGCCGCAGGCGCUGCCACUGGCGCCGCAAGUCCGAGUCUUUCGUUCUGGUUUCGAUUGAAUCGCGUCAUUUUGCGUCUCUGCUCAACGCAUCAAUUUAAGAAUUUGCAGGUGGAAAUGCUUUAUCAGCGAUAUUUUCUGCGCAUGAAUCAGAGCAAUACGACGCAUAUUUUGGUGCUGCUGCUGGCGCUGGUGCUGGCUUUGAGCUGCACGCAUAUUGUGUUUACCACGCUGCAGCUGCAACGCAAUCAGCAGCUUGCCACAACGGCGGGCGCCAGCUUAGAGAGCCUCGUAUUGGACCUUAAUGCAACCAACAACGACAACUUGACGCUACUUGCACCACUAACCGUAAUGACGACGACGGCAGUGCCAAUUGCAAGCGACUUUGCCGCUGCCCAUAGGCUGCUGACACGCUUGCAACGUGCCACAAAUGACAUUAAUGCGGCGCAGCAGCAACAGCCACAACACAAAUCGCCAGAAACGGAGCGACGACAAAAGCGUAAACAUUAUCGACGCAUGCAUAAGCAUCGCUACAAGCAGCAGCAGCAACAGCAGCAACAACAACAACAUCACUGGCGUGGCAGAUACAAAAUGCGUGGCAAGCGUGGGCAUCAACAUCAUCAACAGCAGCAGCAUCAGCAGCAGCAGCGGCAGCAACAGUUGCUGUUGCUUGAUGGCAAUAACAACGCGCAACAGGCACGUGAUGAAGUGCUUAAAUCAACAACAGUUGCUGGCGACAACAGCAGCAUCAGCACUAACAACAGCAGCAGCAGCAACGACACUUUGGCUAACGAGGAGGAGGCCGAACUCUUUGCUGGCUCAUUGAAUUACGCGCACUUGUUAUCGGCGCUGAUAACACAAAUCGAUGAGUCUGUGCUGGUUUUCCUGCUUGUCAUGCUAAUCUGUGGCAUUGUCUAUGCAUUUCUGCUCUGCAUCUUGGCCAAGCCUGCAAUGAAUGAAAUAUUUUUAGUGCUUGUCUCCUACGUUAUAUUGGGCACGUUUCUGGCCAUUGAAAUUGCUGUUGCCUUUGCCUUGCAGCCCAGCAAAUCGUUUAAUGGCAAUGCCUGCUGCAUUGUGCUCAUCUACAUGACGUACACCAUGUUGCCGUUGCGUUUGCGUGAAUCACUCAUUGGUGGCAUGCUGCUCAGCGUUACGCAUUUGUAUACCUGUCUGCAUCACACACAAUACACGCGCGAUAAGCAGCAGGAGCCGCAGCAGCAGUUGCAUGCAACGGAAGCAGUCGAGCAACAGCAACAGUCAGCAGCCCCCUGGCCCUGGCAGGAGCUGCUGUGCACGUGCGUGGCAUUGUUGUUGGCCAAUUUAACCGGCGUCUACACCCACUGGCCCAAAGAGAAGGCUCAGCGCAAGGCGUUCAUCGAGACGCGUCAGUGCAUUGAGGCGCGCUUACGCACACAACGCGAGAAUCAGCAGCAGGAACGUUUGCUGCUGUCGGUGUUGCCGCGGCACGUUGCCAUGGAGAUGAAGGACGACAUUGCGGGCCAGCCACGUGACACGCAGUUUCAUAAGAUUUACAUACAGCGCCAUGAGAAUGUCAGCAUUCUCUUUGCGGACAUUUGCGGUUUCACAAGCCUCUCGGAUCAGUGUACGGCCGAGGAACUGGUGCGUCUGCUCAACGAGUUAUUUGCACGUUUCGAUCGAUUGGCUGCUGAGCAUCAUUGUUUACGCAUUAAGCUGCUUGGGGAUUGUUAUUACUGUGUCUCCGGUCUGCCCGAGCCGAGGCCGGAUCAUGCACACUGCGCUGUGGAAAUGGGACUCGAUAUGAUUGACGCCAUUGCUUUGGUGCGCGAGGUAAUGGCCGUGAAUGUGAACAUGCGCGUGGGCAUACACACUGGACGUGUGCACUGCGGCGUGCUGGGCCUGGUCAAGUGGCAGUUCGACGUUUGGUCCAAUGAUGUGACACUGGCCAACCACAUGGAGAGCGGCGGCAUACCGGGACGUGUGCAUAUUACCAAAGAGACACUCAAGUGCCUCGAUGGCGACUAUGAGGUGGAAGUUGGCAAGGGCGAGGAACGCAAUUCCUAUUUGAAGGAUCAUCAGAUUGAGACGUAUCUUAUAGUGCCAGGCGAUAUCUACAGACCGCACAAGAAAUCGCGCAAUCGCCUGCAGGUGAACGGCAACAUAUCCAAGGAGCUGCGCAUGAUGGGACAUGGCACAGCACAGAAACACACAUCCAAAUUUGGUUUUGGUGACAGCGCAGACAGCGCCAAAGAUCCCGAAGAUGAAGUCAAUGAGUAUCUAAUGCGCGCUAUCGAUGCACGCAGCAUUGAUCAUCUGCGUGCGGAGCAUUGUCAGUCGUUGUUGUUGUGCUUCAAAAGUGCAACGCUGGAGCAUAAGUAUGCCAGCGAGCCGGAUCGCAUGCUCUGCGUUUAUUUCUACUGCAGUCUGCUGGUGCUGCUGGGCACGAGCAUUAUGCGCUGGUUUAUAUUCGAUUGCUCCAUUGGCUGUUGGCUGCUCUCGAUUGGCGCCUUGUUGCUGCUGCUUUGCUUGGUGUUGGUGGUGGCCUGUCAGCAAAUCAAUUUGCAGCUGCUGCCCGAUGGGCUGAAGCGCAUCUCGGCGCGCAUACACAGCAAUCGCACCUUAUCGCAGUUCAUUGCGUUGGCCAGCGUGGGGCUCAUCGUGUUGGCCAACUUGUUGGCCAUGCUGCAGGAAUCAAUGCGCCAGUUGGAUGCACUGGAGGAUUUGCCGCCGCUUUGGACAGCAUUGAAUGCGAACAGCAGUCAGGCGCAGAAUUUAACGCUGCUGCUGCUGCUGCCGCCGUCGACUGCGACGCAGCAGCACUGUGAUUUCUAUUUGGCCUACAAUACCUUUCUGCUGCUCACGCUGCUCUCGAUGAUGUGCUGUGCCACGUACCAAGUGCUGCGCAUUUUGCUAAAGUUGCUGCUGCUGCUGCUGGCCGCUGGCAGUUACAUGCUCUGCUCAACUUAUUUAUAUGUGCGGAGUCGGGAAAUGAGCGUUGACUUGGCUAAUGAGGAAGCCUUGCUGCGCUUUAUAAUUGAUUCAAUCUUCUUAUUUGCAUUUAUGCUGGCGCUCAUUUUCCAUAGCCAUCAAACUGAGGCGACCUAUCGUCUGGACUUUAUUUGGAAGCUGCAGGCAACGGAGGAAAAAGAGGAUAUGGAACAUCUACAGGCUUAUAACCGUAAACUGCUCGAAAAUAUUUUGCCAGUUCACGUUGCCGAGCAUUUUUUGAGCCGCGAAAAGCACCUUGAUGAUCUGUACCAUGAGCAAUGCGACUCUGUUUGCAUACUCUUCGCCAGCAUUCCCAACUUUUCCGAAUUUUAUGUUGAGCUCGAGGGCAAUAACGAGGGUGUCGAGUGUCUGCGUUUGCUUAAUGAGAUAAUCGCCGACUUUGAUGAGCUGCUGAGCGAGGAGCGUUUUCGCUGCAUUGAGAAAAUCAAAAGCACUGGCGCCACUUACAUGGCCGCCUCGGGACUCACAGCCAACUCCUGCGAUCAGGUGAACUUUAAUCAUGUGACCGCCAUGGCGGACUAUGCGCUGCAGCUGUUUGAAAAAAUCGACGAGGUCAACGAGCAUUCGUUCAACAGUUUUCGCAUGCGCAUAGGCAUCAACAUUGGGCCAGUGGUGGCGGGUGUCAUAGGCGCCUGCAAGCCGCAGUACGAUAUUUGGGGCAACGCUGUGAAUGUUGCCUCGCGCAUGGACUCCACUGGGCUGGUGGAUCACAUACAGGUGACCCAGGAGAUUCAACAGCUGCUCGAGUGCCGUGGCUAUGAGCUCACCUGUCGCGGCAGCGUCAAUGUCAAAGGCAAAGGCUCCAUGAUCACGUAUUUUCUCAAAGGCAAAAGUCAAUUACCCACAGCAGAAGCAACAGUCGAAGCAGUCGCAGCAGCAGCUAUAGAAGUCGAAGCUGCAGCGGCGCCCAAGAGUCCCACUGAGGUCAAGCAGCCGCCGCUAGUAGCAACUGUGGAAACAGCAGCAACAGUUGCUGCCACUAACGAAGAUGAUGAUGAUGAUGACGACAUAGAUUUGAAUUCAAAUAUGCAAAACUUGACAGCGCAGCGACGCAAAUCGCUUUGCCGCCAGCACAACAUUUCCUCCAGCUUUGGCACCACCGUCAGCUCCACCGGCAUUACCCCAAGCAUUUCCAAUAGCUCCAGUGUGGUGACCAUAGGCGCGCUGCCCACUUUGCUGCGCAAUGCCAAUGCUGCUGGCAAGGAAGACAGCUGCGUUACGCCCACCGCUCCGCCACGCACUUUGGUCGCCGAGCUAAAGGAGGAGAUAACACGCGAUGAGAAGAGCACGCUCAAGGACUCUAUAGAGAACCUGGAAAUACUGCUCAAGAACAACAUUAGUCUCUCGGACUUGAGCAACAAGCAGCAGCAGAAUCUGCGCAGCGAGCUGGUCACCUGCUCAGCCGCCACAUUACGCAAGCGGGAUACGCUCGUUAGCUUCAGCGUUACGGAGACUUUAACCACCAGCAGUACGCAGCGCGGCAAGCGUCGCUCUAUUACCACCAUUAGCGCUACCAGCGCCACCACCACCAGAUUGCUUUCAAACGAAAGUGAAAGCUCCACGCAUACAGCGCCAGGCACCUUGGAGAGCGGCACAGCAGCGGGCGCCGCACUUGGCAGUCGGGAUUGGCAACCGCGCACCGCCAGCCUCGAGCCCAAUCGCAGUCCCAUCAAAACUUCGCAGUCGAUGAGUCCGCUUGGACUGGCCAGCGAGGUUUUCGUGCUGCCCAACAGUCGCAGCAUGAUAUUGCUCACCAGCAGCAACAGCAACAAUGACAGCAAUGUCGCCUCCACCAGCAGCAGUCCCAGACAAGCGCUGCUGCAAGAAGUCGACACCUAAACACGCCCACGCGCGCUCUACUAUGUAAAUAUGUAAAGACAAGGAGCUCCAGCUAUCAAGUAUUUGUUUCCGUUAACAGUAUUCCUAUUUUAAAUGAUCUCUCGCAUUUAUGUGUAGCUUUAGAUGUUGUUAUUGUUGUUCUAGCGCUAUUUAUAUUACCAAUGGGGGUUUCAGUUUACGCAGCACACAGGGUAAACAAAAGUUCAUAUCAAGCACAGGAUAUAAAUAUACAAAAGCAAUUUGCAAUAUAAAAAUGUACAGUGGCCAUAGAGUUAGAGUUGCAGCCACUAUUAAGUUUAUUUCUCGUCUAAUGUUCCUAUACAUACUAUGUACUCUUUCUCAUUAGCUUAAGAUUAUAUGUAAACGAAUUUAACAAGCUAAACAAUGAAUGUGCUUACAACAAAACAAAGUCAAUUUAGAGCUGCAUACUGUAGAUUAACUGCUCCUUAUAAUCUCUCAUCCUUGCGCUAUUCUUUACGCUAAGUAGUUAAAACAAAGCUGAAAUCUUUUGGUGAAACAGUAGCUCAUUUAGUGAAAACGCUUUCUGUGUAUAGUUGUAUGUCUAAAUAAUAUAUACUUCAACUCAACUUGAGCUACAGCUUAAAACCAAAGAGCAUAAACAAAAAACAACACAAAAACCAAA